ACUUCACCGGUUAAGCACAACGAAUAGUGACUUUAAGGUACCAGAAGAAGACGAAGACGGAACGGGAAACGAGUAUAUAAAAACGCGAGUAAAGACAAAACCGAUUCAGUUCGUGGUGUACUUGGAACUUGGUUGUGAAGAUCCAAAGGAUAAUUGGUGCACAUUCAUAAAGAACAAGAAAGAAUGAAGUUCGACGUGGGAUUUUGCGUAUUGGCAUUGUGCCUAUGCGCGUCGACAAAUGCGUGGUCAUGGGAAGAUAGUCCCAAAGAAGAUACGAAAGUUGAAGAGGUAGUUGAAGUUGAAGAAGCCCCAAUUCAAGAAACAAAAACUUCAACCAAACGUGAAACAAAUGCUACUGAAAUUGAACAAGUAAUCGAAUCUAUCCUGAACUCGGGUCGUCAAGGACGGAAUAUCAAAGGCUACGAUGAAAUCUACACUGAUCCCAGUGUUCAAGAAAUUCUCCAGAAAGACGUCAGUUCGGAUGAUCCGGAAGCCCGUAAUAUAAUCAAAGACCGACUUUGCUCUUUGGGAUUGAUGCAAUGCGAUGAAGCGCUGUCCGAGAAGCGCCCAUACAUUUCCCCAGAAGAAUUGGUUUACGCCCAACCCGUUGAUAUUAAACCUAUUGGUCGUCCCAUUCCAUCCAUUGCUGUCAAGGGCCCAUCUAGAGCUAUCUACUCAUCCCGCCCAGGGUAUCCAUCCAAGAAUGGACCACCACCACCAUAUGGACCACCAAGACCUGGUUAUGGUCCGCCACAAUCGCUACCAAACAGACCACCACAAGGAUUCCCAGUUCCACCAAAGCGUUACAACCCUGGAGCUCCACCAAAACCCUACGGUCCUCCAGGCCCUGUUUUCUCAUCGGAACCAAUUGAAGUAGACAAUCCACCUUUUGAAUUUGAUUCAUCUAGCUUCAUCCAAAAACAAGAAAUCAAGAAGAAAUAUGAAACCCACAUUGGACCAAACGGAGAACCCCAACAACACGUUCACCAUCACUAUCACCAUAACGCUGAUGCCAAUCUUGCUAAUAGCAAAGUACCAACAAUUGUAGUUAACAAUCCACCUCAAAUUUUCAAACCAAGCGAACAGAUUAGCACAACUGCUUUCCUGAAAGAAGAUUACAAAGGCACAUAUGGUGGUCAAUCUAUUGCUAACUACAACGGACUUGGAAAUUAUGCUGGUACCAAACCUGUUGUUGAAUAUCCAGAUCAAUAUAAACAAGGACCUCAGACAUUUGGUGGCACCGGACAAUCAUUGUACACACAGACCAGUUUAGGCUCUUCUUCAAACUCUUAUGGUCAAGGAAACUUUGGUGCAGGCAGUAACUAUGGUUCUGCGUCUAACUCAUUUAAUCAAGGGUCACAAGGAAACUUUGGAUCAACCGGUAACUAUGGAAGUCAAGGAAACUUCGCUUCUUCUUCAUCUGGCUUCGGUGGUAAUGGUUUGUCGAACAGUUUUGGUGCUUCCGUUGGUUCAUAUGGCAGCUCUGAUUUUUACAAAAAGGAAUUGACUGUCGGCGGAAAUUUGAACAAUUUGGGCGGCAAUGGUUAUGACAAAUAUCAAGGUUUGAGCAGUGAAAACUAUGAUUGUAUUUGUGUCCCGUAUGACCAAUGCCCCAACCAAGAUGUGAUUGGACGCAAAGAUGACUUAUAUCUUCCUUUGGAUCCGCGUAACUUAAAAUCUGAUAUCCAAGCUGAAGAAGAACGCGUCAUUACCGAUGGUAAUGGAACCAUGACUACAAUUAAAGUCAAAAAGGACACUGGCUUGAACGUUACUGAAGAAGCUGUUACUGAGAGUAGCAAGAAAACCAAACGUGAGGCCACUACUGAAACAUCUACUGAGAAGGCUAAAGUUGAAGCGAGACAAGCAUAUUUUGGCCAACAACAACAACAACAAGGUGGAAACUGUGGACCACGACACGUUUGCUGCAGAAGACCCAUCCGACCAGUCAUUCCAAACAUCAACACCAAACAAUGUGGUGUCAGACACUCCCAAGGAAUAAACGGCAGAAUCAAGAAUCCAGUUUACGUUGAUGGCGACAGUGAAUUCGGCGAAUAUCCAUGGCAAGUGGCUAUUUUAAAGAAAGAUCCCAAAGAAUCAGUCUACAUUUGCGGAGGCACCCUCAUCGAUCCACUACAUAUCAUCACAGCUGCCCAUUGCGUAAAACAAUACACUUCUCAUGACCUUCGUGUUCGUCUCGGAGAAUGGGACGUUAACCAUGACGUUGAGUUCUUCCCAUAUAUCGAACGUGACAUUAGCUACCUUCAUGUGCACCCCGAGUUUUACGCAGGAACCCUAUACAACGACUUGGCGGUCCUUCGCAUGGACAAACCAGUUGAUUUCGCUAAAUACCCACAUAUUAGCCCAGCUUGCCUCCCAUCGCCUCAUGAUGACUACUCUGGUACCCGCUGCUGGACCACCGGAUGGGGCAAAGACGCAUUCGGAGAUUUUGGAAAAUAUCAAAAUAUUCUCAAAGAAGUAGAUGUUCCAGUGGUUCCACACGGUGAAUGCCAACAGAGAUUAAAACAUACUCGUCUAGGAUAUGACUUCAAACUGCACCCAGGCUUUGUUUGUGCUGGUGGUGAAGAAGGAAAAGACGCCUGUAAAGGAGACGGUGGUGGCCCAAUGGUGUGCGAGCGUGGAGGUACUUGGCAAGUGGUAGGUGUUGUAAGUUGGGGUAUUGGAUGUGGACAAAAUGGCGUACCCGGGGUUUACGUAAAAGUUGCACAAUAUUUGGAUUGGAUCAGACAAGUCACCCAGCGUUUCUAGAUUCAACAUCUCAAUCCACCCUUAAUAUGAUCAACGACUUCAGACAUUUUAAAUCUAAUUUAUUUAUUUAAUCGUUUAAUUAUUUAGUUUAGUUUAAUUUAAAAAUGUAAAACUUCAAACGAGAAGUUGAUGGUACGAUGCGUAAGCAUAGAUUUUGUACUUUGUAUAAUUGAGCAAUAAACGAAUGUUGUGUUACAUAAAAAUAUAA